GCGCACAAUCAAUAGAGAACAUUUUAUGGCUUACGUAAAGCUCCAUCUCUGAACAUUUCAGCAUUACAACAAAUAUAUUUUUAUAAGGAAAAUGAGUUUAAUUACAUGAGGAAUUUGUGUUAGUUGUGAACGUAUAAGUGGAGAAAAAAUUCAUAGAUGAAGCUCAGACUGGAUAAUGCACAAAAUAACCAAGGGAUUGAAGAAGAAAAAGAAAGGUAAAAAAUCUAAACACAAGGAAGAAGAACUCUUUAAACCGGAAGAGUUAGAAGCCUAUCGUAGAGAACAUCAAGCCCAUUCUGCUAGUGGCGCUGAAAACGAAGAAUGGAAAAAAUUCCACGCUCUCACCUCUGGUGUUGACAACGUUCUCCAAAAGACACAAGAAGAGCUCAGUCGAAUCAAAGAAACCAGCUUCUUUCAGCGGGUACCUCCACCAAGUCAGGUACAGCGAACGUCAGAAAAGGAACCAAAGAAAGAAGUUGUCAAGCAAGAUCAGGCACCUGUUGAUGAGCAACCUCAAAUCCCUGACCCCAACAAACUUGGAAUAGUUGAGGUUUCAGAUUCUGAAUCAGAUGCAGAAUACGAGGAUGAUGACAUCUUCGAUACAGCAUACAUUGAUGCUAUAGCUGCUGGAGAGGUGAAAUUAGCUUAUAUUCCAGAAUCUCCAACAGAUUUUGGAGGGGACGAUCCAUUUGACACUUCCUACGCUGAGAAGGCUAUUCUAGGACCUGCUGCUGAGACCAAGAAAGGAAAGAAAUUGGUACCGAUUGGUUCAGCUGUUGAAGUACUAACAGGGCGUGUGCAACUACCUACUUGCAGCACACAGAGACCUGCUUCAAAUAGAAGGCAAAUUUUUAAGGAGAGAGAUUUGCUGUUGGGAAGCUUUGAUAACAACGCCAAUUCAAUUGCUGAAUGCAUUAAAGAGUCACCACCAAAGACUCUACUUGACGAAGAGGCACCUCCAGAUUUAUCUAGUGAGCCGAUAGAUUUGUCAAAAUCACUUUAUAUACCUCCAAUACCUGUCACACCAUCUCCGAUAUCCCAAAGUUCUGGGGUCAACCAAGAGGAUUCUGAGGACGACGAGUUUGCUCAGCUUGCAUCAGAAAACUUGAACAAAGGACCUGCGAAUGUAAUUGAGAAAUUACCAGUAGUUACCCCAGAUGUCGCUCAAGUCAUAGAGGAUCAUUGGGACGCCUUUGUUGACGAGAAGAAAGAAUUUCCACAAUCAGGUGUGGUUGCGGUAGAAGAACCAUCUGAAGUUGAUGUAGAUCCAUUCGAUACGACUUUCGCUGAAAAUAUCUUACCAGGAAAAGCAGAACUCAAGCAAAUUGAGAGUGAAAUACUCAACGCACAAAUCGAAUUUGAAGUUAAACCUAGACAGGAGAAACUUCUUCAUAUUUUGAAAAAAUUGAGUGUUAGUGAAGAAGGUUCCAGAGAUAAGUUCACAGAUUCAAACCUCCAUACCAAAAAUAUCGAAAGGGACCUUCUAGGAGGUAGCAACACAGACUUGAACAAUUUGUAUCAACCCCUAACACCAGCAGCACAACUUGAUGACAACUAUAUAGAAUACAGAGAUCCUUUCGAUACUUCCAUUGUUGAGACUGUGAAGAAUCCUGGACAGGCAGAACUGAAGUUUAUCGAAAAAGAACUCCUUUCCGAUAUAAAAAACAACUCUGUUCAUGAUUUAAGCGACGAUGAUUUCAACCCCAGAGCUGAAGAGAUAAAAGAGCCACCUAGAGAAAGAUCUAUUUCCAGGCCAGACGUUCUCAACGUUGUGACCUCCAAAUCGGUGUGUUUUGAUGACACGUCAAUAGCAAAAAAGGAUUUCAUAGGAAUUCCCGAAAAUUCUUCGAAACUAGGGAAACCACCUACACCAUUCUAUGUUAGGAAAAACUCUGUACCCGGAGCUCAAGAGUCAGACCUUUCUCCUGACCAAAUCGAAAGCAAUACAAGUGGAAUUGAUUCAUUCAAAAGUGCCGUUCAGGAUUUGAACCCUGACACUCCUCCAGAAGGUGAUUUCGACCCCUUCGACACUUCUAUAGCUGAUAAUUUCGUUGGUAAUGCAAUAAAAGACAUUAUGGAAGUAAAGGGUGUCAAUCCGUUUUUGUUCGCUGAAGAUGAUCACACCUCUCCAUCUUCAGCAACGUCUAAUCCUUUUCUCAUGGAUUCAGACACCUACGCAGAAAACGACUAUUCACAAAAUGCUUUCGCUUCUUCAGGGGCUACCAAUCCUUUCGCCUUCGAUCCAAUGGAUCUUGGAGAAGGUGAGCCUGCUCCAAACAUCUUCGGCGAUAACACAUUCGUAUCCAAUGAUACUCCAUUCUCAGUUAACAACCUACAGACCUCAUCUACUGAUCAGAUUAUGACUCAAGCUACCAUUACGAUCAACUCAGGUAAUCAGGACUUCUUCUUGAUGUCCGAUAAUGAUUUUGCAGCUUCAACAAACACUUGCCCGCCGCCGAUAAAACCAACAGAUCUUAAUUUAAAAACAACCAACACUGUCGAUCCAUUCAAUGAAGAAAGUUUGAGGCAGCCUCCUUCUAAGGAAACUCAGGAUCUGUUGAUGUCAGUAAUGGGGGCGAUGGAUGCAACUAGUUCACAUUUAUUGAACAAAAUACCUCCAACAAGAUCUCCAAGCCCGGUGUCGAUGAGAGAUUUACACUCACCAAGUCCAACUCCUGAUAUGUAUGGAGAUCUUUUGGAUGUUGGGGAUUCUACGCCAUCUACAAGGACGCCUGAACAUACUAAAAAGGAGAAUUUAUUCGAUACUCCAACCAAUAUGUCUUGUGAUAUCAAUCAGAAUCCAUCGGUGGCUAAACAACCUCCACCAAAACCACCACCUCCUCGACCGGCACCUCCAAGACCUGCACCUCCAGCAAUAGUUCAAGCUCCUCCCAAACCACCUCCACCAAAACCUGAGCAACCAAUGGCACCACGAGAGUUUGAUUCUUCUAAAAACUAUGACAAUGAUAUUUGUCUGUUUGGUGUUGAUGGCACCCUUCCGAAAAAAGCUCCUACGACUAAGGAAGAUAUCUUGAACCUCUACAAUACAGCUAAAAGCGAGAAGAAAGUUGAUCUGUUGUCUGGUUCUGAUGAAGCGUUGAAUAUAAAUCCAGUGGAUAAUUUUCCUCAAAGUUCUUCCAAUUCCAUACUAUCCCUGGAUUCUACGCCACAGUCACAUGUGGUUGAAGAACAUAAAAUUGAAACCGUACAAGAACCAAUUGCUCAGGAUAAUUUUAUAUCUCCUGAGGUUUCUCAAGGAGACCUGCAGAUGGAUACAAGUGACAGCCACAGCAAAGGAUCUGUAUCUAGUGUAACAUUCAAUCCAUUCGCUACUUCUGAGGAGAUGAACGAAAUGAAUACCAGGGAAGAAGUCUCACAAUUGGCGAGUAGUCCUUUCCAAACAGUUCCAGCUGAUGUGAUUCCAACUAAUAUUCAACAGACUCACUCAACAGAUCUACCUUUUUCUGAAGUUCCAGAGAAUAAGAAUACCUUUGCUCAGAUCCCUGAUUAUUAUACUCAGAACGCUUCAGGUGACGCUUUUGGUACUGCAAAUGGAGCUUUUGGGAUUUCCAAUGACUUCGGUGCUCCAAUGGAAAGUAUUGGAGUUUCUGGUGAUGCCUUUGGUGUUUCCAAUGCUAUCAUGGAAGAAGCUACAGCUGCGCAGGAUGCCUUUGGUGGAACUAAUCAGAAUUUCUCAGCUGCUGGAUAUGAAAAUAACACUACGAUUCAAGGCGAUGAUUUCGAUGAAUUCGCUCAGAAAUUCGAUUCAGUGAAGUCAGAAAAUCAGACUGGUGAUUCGUUUGCCUGGGGAGGUGGUAGCUCUGCGAAUGCUUUUGGCGAGGCCAGUAGUGAAUUUGGGACUGCAGCGUGUGGUUUUGAAGCUGAUGAGCCUUUCGACUCUUUCCUGGCUCUGCAAGAACCUCCUUGCGUGCCACAAAGUACUCCGUAUGUGCUCAGCAAACAGCCAUCUGCUGAUUCGGACGAAGAUAAAGAUUUCUCUGUGUUUAUCAAACCUAAAAAUGACGAUGACAACAUUGGAGGAAUGGGAGUUGCAAUGCCUAUUUUGGCACCACCGCCUACAGUCCAACAAGCAUUCUCGGACACAUCUCCUAGAUUCAAUCCAUUCGAUCAAAGUGAAGAUGUUGCUACUGUUGACAGUACCAAACCGCCUCCUCUCUCACUGGAUGGGGCUCCUCAAAUAGAACGGAGUGGAUCCCAAGAAACACCUCCCACUCCUCUAUUCGACGAAGAUGUAUCCCAACCAUUGGCGCCAUUCCCUAGAAUCGACUUCGCAGGAGAAGGCUGGGAGAUGCAGUUGAGGCAGCCGAAUAAGAAGAAGAUAACAGGUCAAAGAUUCUGGAAGAAGAUCUUUGUCCGAUUGGUGUAUCAACCGGAUUGUGUUUUACUCCAACUGUUCAACCAAAAGGAUGACAAAGAUCCUUUUCAAGAGUUGCCACUACAACCAUGUUACUCUGUAUCGGAUAUAGGUGCCCAGCAGUACGAUCAGUUUGGGAAAAUUUUCACUCUCAAACUGCAGUAUAUUUUCUACAAGGAGAGACCUGGUGUUAGACCAGGACAGGUCAAGAAAGCUGAGAAGCUGUCUAACAGGCUGAGCAAGUUUGCUGCUUAUGCAAUCCAAGGAGACUACGAAGGAGUAAAAGAGUUUGGCAGUGAUCUGAAAAAAUUAGGAUUACCGGUAGAACAUGCACCACAGGUAUCUCAGUUGAUGAAAUUGGGUUCCCUGAGUUACGAAGAUCUGAAACAGUUCUCAUUCAGCAUAGAAGAAGCUUUGUUCAGGCUCCAAGCUCACAGAGAUAGGGCUCUACAGUAUAAAAUGGAAGAAGUACAGAUAACUGUAGUAGAUGAGUUGUACGUAGAUCAAGAUGCAGAUGGUCACAUUGAAAGGCAGAUUGCAAGGGUUCGUCUAUUCUUCCUUGGAUUCCUAACAGGAAUGCCAGACAUAGAGCUUGGUGUAAAUGACAUGAGGCGCCAAGGGAAGGAAGUAGUUGGUAGACAUGACAUUAUUCCUGUAGUUACUGAAGAAUGGAUACGUUUGGAGGCUACAGAAUUCCAUUCCUGCGUUCAACAGGACGAAUAUGAAAGAACACAUGUCAUCAAAUUCAAACCUCCUGAUGCUUGUUAUAUCGAGCUGAUGAGGUUUAGGGUCAGACCUCCAAGAAAUCGAGAGCUACCCUUGCAGUUGAAGGCAUCUAUAUGUGUAACUGGUACUAAGAUUGAACUGAGAGCUGAUGUCCUAGUACCAGGGUUUGCCUCCAGAAAACUAGGCCAAAUUCCAUGCGAAGAUGUGCAGAUAAGAUUUCCCAUACCAGAAUGUUGGAUUUAUCUCUUCAGGGUUGAGAAACAUUUCAGAUAUGGUUCGGUCAAAUCAGCUCAUAGGCGAACCGGAAAGAUAAAAGGCAUAGAAAGGAUAUUGGGCACCAUGGAUACCCUUCAAGAAAGCUUGAUAGAAGUCACUUCUGGACAGGCAAAAUACGAACAUCAGCACAGAGCAAUUGUUUGGAGAUGUCCAAGGUUACCAAAAGAGGGCCAAGGUGCUUACACUACCCAUAAUAUGGUUUGUCGACUGGCGUUAACAAGUUAUGAUCAAAUGCCUGAAAAGUUAGCCGAGUAUUGUUAUGUUGAGUUCACAAUGCCAGCAACUCAGGUCAGCCAUUGUGUAUGUAGAAGUGUGAGUUUGCAGAAUUCUGACAGCGAUGAUCCACCUGAAAAGUAUGUGAGGAACCUAGCGAGGCAUGAGUACAGAGUUGGUAUUGAGCAUGUUGAAGGAGAAAAUCCAAAUGCUUAUGCUAUUGCUACGAAACCAAUUCACACGGUGAAAGAAGAAAAACCUGCACCAGUACCAGAAGCUGACUCUAGUAGUGAUAGUGAUUAAAUUAUUUAUCUUCAGAUAUUCUUGAGAGAAAUCUCAUUUGACCAUUUUAAUCUUACUUCUGCAGGAUAGCCUUGCCAUUUAUCGAUAAAAGUUGAUACCUUUUUUCCUAAAAAACAUAGACGCAUAUCGUCAAUCCUGAGCUGAUCUUGUGCAAUAAUAGAUUGUUAUAAAGGUUGCAAAUAUAAUAUAUAAAGUUUGGUUGAUGUUGUUACGUUUUUAUAUUUUAUUUUUGUUUUUUAUUUGUUAGGUUGGAGAAUAGGAGCUUGUUUGAUUGUACAAUUCUUUGAAUAUAAUACUUGUUACUGUUCGAAAGUUGUUCCAGGAAUAUUUUUAAUAUGUAGAAUGUAAUAAUGAAUCUUGAACAAGACAAUAUACUUAAUUAAUAUAUCAAGAAAAUAUAAUUGCAUGCAUACUCAUAAUAUCUCAAAGUAUAUAAGACGGAUCAAUUCAUCCGAAGAAAGACAUAUACAAAAUUAUGUGAAUUUAUUUCUUUUUGUAUAGCUCUGUAGUUCAUGAAUGUAAUUGUUGGUCAUAUCAUCGAUGUUCUUUUAAUUUCAUUAUGAAAGUGAUGUCAAUCACUGCACUAGCGUACCAAAGAGUUAAUAAGUAAGAUAAAAUGAAUAAUUAGUAUUCUAAUUAGAAUAGGAUUUUUCUGUUUUUAUAUUGCAACUGCUACAGGUAAUAUUGAGACUAAGCUUUAAUUUAUUUUGGAAAUAUCUUGAGAAUGUGCAAUAAAAUGAAAUUUUGACUGAUGCACAAAAAUCAAGUGAGUCAUUCAGUAGGUAAUCAUUUUCCUAAGUGAUGACCAAAUCUUAAUUAUAGUUAAUAAUAAUAUAUAGAAUAAGAAUGAAUACUGAUAUAACAUUUGCUGAAUUGUAUAAAACUAUGUACGUGUUUCGGUUCGGAUUAAAUUUAGUUUUGAAAUAUUAUAAACUUGGAACAUUUAUUGUUCCAUUGAAGUCAAAGGAGAAAAUCUAGUCAUUAUAAUUAGGAAAUGUAAAAUAAUAAGAUAUUUAUUGUGUAACUGUAGAAUAUGUGAAUUAAUAUUAAUAUCCUAUAUGUUGAAUUGUAAGUAUAAUCUUCUGUGUAUGCAUUUUGGUUCCGGUUACUUUGAUUUAUAUCGUUAUAUAAUCUUGAAACACUGAUUUCAAGAAUGAAAAAUGCCUAGUUCACUCUGCUACUAUUAAGUAAAAAUGUAGGUAACAAAUGUGUAAAUAAGUACUUACCAUUAGUUUUAGGAUAUUUGUGAUUAUACUUCCGCUGACUAUAUAAAAAAUUAAAUAGUAUUUUGAGAAGAAUACUUAUAGAAAUUCUUCAAACCUACUUCGAGAAAGCACCACAAUAAAUUGUAGGUAUUGAUCCUGGGUUUAAUAAAAAGCAUAUAAUAUUAAGACGAUUAGUAUAUCUAAAAAUUGACUUGUGUAAAUGAAUUGUAGAAAUAAUUAUUAUUUGAUCUUGGUUUAGUUUCUGGAAAAAUGAAUUGUAUUUUAAGAAGGAAUCAAGAAAAUUGAAUUCCUACUACUGAAAGAUUAAGCUUCAUAUUUAAGAAGACAACCCAAUGAAUUGAUUCUUGGUUAGGUUAGGCUGUAAGUUAAGUAAAGUUAAGUUAAGUUAAGUCUUAAACCAAUUAGUAUAUGUAAAAAUUGACUGGUGUUAAUGAAUUGUAGAAAUAAUUAUUAUUUGAUAUUGCUUUAGUUUAUGGAAGAAUGAAUUGUAUUUUGAAGAGGAAUCAAGAAAAUUGAAUGCCUACCACUGAAAGAUUAAGCUUUAUAUUUAAGAAGACAACCCAAUGAAUAAUAUUGAUUCUUGGUUAGGUUAGGUUGUAAGUUUAGUCUUAAACCAAUUAGUAAAUGUAAAAAUUGACUGGUGUAAAUGAAUUGUAGAUAUAAUUGAGUAAUAUUAUUUGAUGUUGGAUCAGUGUGUGAAAAAUAAAUUGUAUUUUGAGAAGGAAUCAUGAAAAUUGAAUAAUAUUUCAAAAACCGAUUCAAGAUGACAACCCAAUAAAUUAUAUUUAUUCUUGGUUAAUUGUAAGUUAUUGUAAGUUAAUAGACAUAAACUACUUAGUAAAGCUAAAAUUGACUGGUGUAAAUGAAUUGUAGAGAAUUAUUAUUAUUUGAUGUUCGAUCAGUGUGUGAUAUGGUAAUAAAGAAGCUAUACAAAUCGAA